CCGGCACCCUGAGCCCCGGGACCCGCGCCCGCCCCGCAGCCUCGCCCGCCGGCCCUGCGCGCCCCUGCACCCCGCCGUCACCAUGCACCUCUCCCAGCUGCUGGCCUGCGCGCUGCUGCUCACGCUCCUGUCGCUCCGGCCCUCGGACGCCAAGCCGGGGGCUGCUCCCAAGGUCUCACGGACUCUGCCGGGCGACGCGCUGGCCGAGCCGCAGGCCGCGGGCGCGAAGAAAGGCGACAAGACCCCCGUGGACGGGGGCGCCAACCUCAAGGGCGACCGGUCGCGGCUGCUGCGGGACCUGCACGUGGACGCCAAGGUGCGGAUGGCGCGCCGUCUGCAGGAGAAGCCCAAGCCGCGCAAGCCGACCACCGGCAAGAAGAAGGGCUUGUCCAAGGGCUGCUUCGGCCUCAAGCUGGACCGCAUCGGCGCCACGAGCGGCCUGGGCUGCUAGUGCGGCGACCCCUGGCGGCGAGCCGGGAACCGUCCGUCCUGCCGGCAUCGUUCUUACUCAUCGGCCGCAUCCGGAUGCGUCUCCGGCGCCCACCCGGUUCUGCCAUUUCUUUUCUUUCCUUUUCCUGGUACUUGGAAGACGUGGCGCCAGCUGUCAGAUGAUUGUUGGGAAGGGGUAUGAUUUUAUUGUUCGAGCUUUUUUUUCCAAAAUGAGAAAUAAAAAAAAUUAUAUAUUAUAUAUAUAUUAUAUACGUGAAACCCGCACAUCCACACCGCGUGACAAGGGACAGUUUCGGAAAGACUGACAAGGCCAGCUGUUGGUGGGGCUGCAGAGACAACACGGGGCUGAAGACGUUCGCCUGGCACGUGGCCGACCGCGGUUCGAUCCCCAGCACCGACCGCAGAUGGUCCCCCCUCCCCCACGCCCCGCCAGGACUGAGCCCUGAGCACAGAGCCAGGAGGGAGGCCUGAGCCCUGCCGGGUGUGGCCCAAACUCCCCCCCCCCAGAAAAGGCGAAACAAAACCAGCUGUUUGUAAAUUCAUGUCAUGCAUAAAUGUAUUUAUGUUGUAAAGCUAUUUAUAUUGUUUAUAAAGAGAUAUUUAUAAAAAUUUUAUUUAUGUAACUAAAUGAAAGAAGUCAAUCAUUGUAAUGUUUUUGUCUUAACUAGUUGAAAAUGUAAAAAAAAA